CCCCUCCACCUUCCCCCCUCCCCCGCGCCUCCUCUCCCGCAUCCCUCCAUCCCUCUGCCGCAGCCGCAUCGCCACCGCAGCCUUGGUACUGCCGAGCCCGGCCCAGGCCCCUGAUCCUACCCCUGUUCCGACCAGGCUCGGUCCCCUGCCCCCUCUUCUGGGGAACCCAGGUGGCUCAGGUACCCCUCUAGUCCCCAGACUCCGGGGAACCCCUGCGCCCCCGGCCCGUGCCCCCUCACAGCUUAGGCAGGAGGGAGAGACGAGGAGGAGGAGGAGCCGCCGCAAGAUGAAGGAUCGGACCCAGGAGCUGCGGAGUGCAAAAGACAGUGAUGAUGAAGAGGAGGUGGUACAUGUGGACCGGGAUCACUUCAUGGAUGAGUUCUUUGAACAGGUGGAAGAGAUCCGAGGCUGUAUUGAGAAAUUGUCUGAGGAUGUGGAGCAGGUGAAGAAACAGCACAGUGCCAUCUUGGCCGCCCCCAACCCCGAUGAAAAGACCAAACAGGAGCUGGAAGACCUGACUGCAGACAUCAAGAAGACGGCCAACAAGGUUCGAUCCAAGUUGAAAGCCAUCGAGCAAAGUAUUGAGCAGGAGGAAGGACUGAACCGCUCUUCGGCUGACCUUCGUAUCAGAAAGACCCAGCACUCCACACUGUCUCGGAAGUUUGUGGAAGUGAUGACUGAAUAUAACGCAACGCAGUCUAAGUACCGAGACCGAUGCAAGGACCGGAUCCAGCGACAACUCGAGAUCACUGGAAGGACCACAACCAAUGAGGAACUGGAGGACAUGCUGGAGAGUGGAAAGCUGGCCAUCUUUACGGAUGAUAUUAAGAUGGACUCACAGAUGACUAAGCAGGCUCUAAAUGAGAUUGAGACAAGGCACAAUGAGAUCAUCAAGCUGGAGACCAGUAUCCGGGAGCUGCAUGACAUGUUCGUAGACAUGGCCAUGCUUGUGGAGAGCCAGGGGGAGAUGAUUGACCGAAUUGAGUACAACGUGGAACACUCCGUGGACUAUGUGGAGCGGGCUGUGUCCGACACCAAGAAAGCCGUGAAAUAUCAGAGCAAGGCCCGCAGGAAGAAAAUCAUGAUCAUCAUCUGCUGUGUGGUGCUGGGGGUGGUGCUUGCGUCGUCCAUCGGGGGGACGCUGGGCUUGUAGACCUGUCCCCUCACCUUCCCCUCAUCUCCCCAAGACCCUCUCAUCAGAAUGGGAGCAAUACCCCCCCCCCGGUCCCCCCCUUCCUCCCCCCCCCCCCCCCCGGCUUCCCCCAGCCCCUCUCCCAUCUUCCACUCCAGCCUCAGCCCCUAAGAUUGGAUCCAGGCAGCCCCUCCCUCUCCCCCUCCCCACAGUGCGGACCCGAACAAUUCCCUUCCCACCCCGGAGUGGGACCCCUCCGCAUGUAGAUUACAGCAGGCAUGAGCCCCCGACACCUGCCUCUCCCCACACAGGCCUAGCACCAGGGGCCACAUGCUGGCGAUGUGUAGGGCGGGCGCGUGUGUGCUCAGGUGGGCGUGCACGCUGGACUCCCCCACUCCUCCCUCCCUCCGCCCUCCCCGUGUGCGUGCGUCUUGGGGCAGACCGCGGGGGCUCCGGGAGCCAGGGAAGGGGCGGGUGUAGGCGCGGCUCGGGCGGCGCUGGCCAGGCCUGUCCGAGGGGCGCUCACGCACUCACCCCCGCGUGCAGACGCUCCCGCGUGGGCCCUGUGAGCGGCUCCUUCACCGGGAUUCCCGUCCGUCGGGGGCCGGGGCAUGUGUGCGCUCGCUGCACACAUGGCAGUGUACAUAGCGUGACUGGUGUGUACCCAGAGACCUUUCUCCCCAGCCAGGUGUAUCCUUCCCGCUCUGUUUGCCCACCCCGUGUGUAGAUUCCUUUUGUCUUUGUUGUAUUGCCGGUCUUUGUUUAAGCAGUAGGAGAACCCACACACCUACACACACACGCGCACGCAAAUAUUCCUCUCCUAGAUGUACAUAAGUUACCUCUGCAUGUGUGUGCAUGCUCCCACACACGGUUACCUCCCGGAGGUGUGUGCGGAGUGUGGUCGUGCGUCCCCCGGCAGAGCCCACCGCACUGUGUAUAUGGCAUCUGUUUGUGUGGGCACAGAGAUAUAUAUUUCUAUAACAUAUCUAUCCAUAUUUGCGUGUGUGUAUGUGCGUACAUGGUGUGUAUAGAACCCGUUCCGUAUUACCUACACACAUUAUAUUGAUCAGCACAGCUGUGUGUCCUGUAUGGGUCUGUGUGCAUCUGUGUUUAUCGGAAAUCGUCCCCCCUCCCCUCCCCUUCCCUUCCUCCUUCCCUUCCUCCUCCUCUCCCUCCUCCUCCAGGUCAGGUUUGCACAAGUUCACGUAGAGAUGCAAGCACAGAUACAGAGACGUGCAAAUCUUGUGCAACCAGGCAUCUUGCCCUAAGGUUGUGAAUCCUCCGCCCACCCACCGCCAGAUUGCUCUCUGCACCGAUUCUGCCUCUAGCCUUCAUGUUGGUGCAUACAGAGGCCCUGACCCCUCAGAGCCGGCAGGGCCCUCACCUGGAUGGCCGCAUAACAUACACACACGUGCUCCCACGUGCAUGUUCCCAAACAUGCAGACACACAAGCCUCAUUUAUCCGAGAGAGCCUGGGGAGAUGGGGGGUGCGCAUUCGACAUCGCUCCUGGAGCCUGACAGAGCUAAAAGAAGGCAGGGGCCCCUGCAAGCAGGAUUUCUUCCCGUCCCUGAGGCCCCGAGGCCCCGCUUCUCCUGUGCCCUCUUUAGGGCGCACUGCUUUCGUCUCCUAGGCCCAAGGCCCAUAUUUCGUCCAACUGUGAGAUCCUGUUACUGCUGUGCCCCAUACUUAUUCCCUCUGUGUUUCAGUAACAUGGACCUUGGCUGCCAUCCACAGCAGAGCUCAACAUGCCCUGAGAUGCACUCAGCCUAGGCUCCAGCUCCAUAGUUAGUUUUUGAGCCAUGAAGCUAUUAGUUACUUUAUUUGCUUUGUAUUUGUGUCCGUUGCAUCAGGACUACCGUAUUUCCCUGUGUAUCAACUGCCUUUGUUCUAAGGCCAUGCCUGGAGCAUAGAAAGAUUCACACAAAGGUUGGAGUUUCCUCUUCUCCCCCUACUCCCCCCACCCA